AUGUCGCGCCCAGAAGAUACUCUCCCGCCCGAUCUCUUUUACAAUGACAAUGAAUCCCGCAAAUACACAACGUCGUCGCGUAUUCGGAAUAUCCAAGCCGACAUGACCCACCGAGCUCUUGAGCUCCUAGAUCUCAAAUCUCCCUCGCUUAUUCUGGAUGUUGGGUGUGGCUCCGGUCUCUCAGGCGAGAUUUUGUCUCAAGUCCCUCCCGACGAGGGUGGACCACACACCUGGGUUGGCAUGGAUAUCGCUCCAAGCAUGCUGGACGUGGCUCUUCAACGUGAAGUUGAGGGCGAUCUCUUUCUUGCCGAUAUUGGUCAAGGAGUCCCUUUCCGACCUGGCUCAUUUGAUGCCGCGAUCAGCAUCAGUGCAAUUCAAUGGUUGUGCAACGCCGAGACGAGUGACGUUAGCCCUGAGGGUCGUCUCAAGCGAUUUUUCGAGGGCCUUUACGCAAGUCUCCGCCGUGGUGGACGCGCGGUGUGCCAAUUCUAUCCGAAAAACGAUGUCCAGCGAAGCAUGAUCAGUGGCGCCGCUAUCAAAGCUGGAUUCGGUGCCGGUAUGCUUGAGGAUGACCCGGGAACCAAGAAUAGCAAGCUGUACUUGGUUUUGACUGUUGGUGGUGGUGGUCUUCAGGGUGAUAUCACGGGUGUCGUCAACGGCAUGGACGAUGUCAACGUCUUGGACGCGCGACGAAAGGCGGCAGAGAUGAAACACGCCAGAGGUCCUCCCCGAAAAGGCGACAGAGCGUGGAUCUUGAAAAAGAAGGAGCAAAUGGAAAGGAAAGGAAAGGUUGUCAAGCACAAUUCCAAAUAUACUGGCCGGAAAAGACGUACCGCUUUUUGA